AGGAGUGUACGGAUAGCUAGAACGUCUACCAAUUCAUUUCACACUCUCUCUGUCUAUAAAUAGUCAUCAUAAACGGUGACUCCUCUGCCUCGCUUUCUCCGCUCUGCCGAAUCAAAAACAUCCCCACCCACGUCAGUCCUCAUCAACCUUCUCACAUCUCUCCUCACCUAACCCUCCCUCUCACUCCGUAAGCCCUCUCUCUCUCUACAUAUUUGUAUUUGCAUGUCACGUUUGGAUCUUUGGUUUUUGAGGUUUGAUCUUCUUAAUGUUUACUGUUAAUUGGGGUAAACAAGUCAGCCAUGACAACCGUGCAAGUUCCCUCCCAAUGCAUGUUCAGACAUGCGCCCAAAAAGUGGUUCACCAGUUCAAUUGUGAAGUUAUCUUCUCCUCUUGGAUCUGUGAAGAAUAUCUCAAAGUCCUUUGGCUUGAAAGCAUCCUCCAACUCCCGGGCAUCAAUGGAAGUAUACAAGGUUAAAUUGAUUGGACCAGAUGGCGUGGAGAACGAAUUUGAGGCGGCGGAUGAUUGUUACAUCUUAGAUGCAGCUGAGAAUGCCGGAGUUGAGCUGCCAUAUUCUUGCAGGGCUGGGGCAUGCUCUACCUGUGCGGGGAAGCUGGCAUCAGGUUCAGUGGAUCAGUCCGAUGGUUCAUUCCUCGACGACAAUCAAAUGAAGGAGGGUUAUGUGCUGACUUGUGUCUCGUACCCGACUUCAGACCUUGUGAUUCACACUCACAAGGAAAGUGAGCUGUAUUAGUUGGGUUUGCCGUUAGCUUUGAGUAGAAUUAUGAUAGUUUUGGUUUAUGCUUCACAUGUUAUGGUCAAGGCUCUCAUAGACCUUCCCUUUUGUUCUGUUUGUUGUGGAAUCGUAUUGCAGUUAAAUGUUAAUGGUUUAAGUUUUUGACACA